AUGGCAUCGAAAAGUUCAAACACCGUCCGUAUGGGGGAAACUGAAUUUUUCGAACUUCAAAAGGGAGUAACCUACACUUCGCCUCAUUUUAACGGUUGUCUCGGCUCAGUAAUUGUAGGAAAGCUGAAUAACAAAUGGUCUCUUAUCAUGGGCCAUUAUGCUUGCCAUGAAGCGAGUAUUGCGGACACAAUGGACACGUCACUUCUCGCUGGCCAUCUCGACAAGUGUCCAAUAGGCAACAAGGGAGCGGCGGUCAACAAGAUCCCACAGUUGUGGGAACCAAAACAGCACUUCUUUUCAACAGAUCGCCAAGCGUUUGUCUACCGCCCAGAGAAAACCGGCCAUGAAGACAUGGUCGACAAGUUGAGUGAGAUCAUCAAGGACACCACUGGCCUGAGCCCGAAAGAGAAAGACUACACUGAAAAGACGGCCCAGGAUGGCAAUGCCGCAAUUUCAGUCAAAGUUAAUAUGCUCAAUCAUAUCAAGAUCAAGUUUGCUAAAUGA